AUGUCGUAUAAGUGUUCGGUCCUAGAUAUUGGCACUAAGCUUCUCAUGAUUUUCUCCCUCGAGGAUCAACUGUGGAUUUUCAUUAACUGCUUUGUUGACCUGGACAUUACUAUACAUGCACAGACGGCGCGUAUGUGGAUUUCCGGGGACGAAUCGCUAAGACAGAUGACUCUAAAGUUGUUUCAGCAUCCACGUCACCUUAUGAUGCUCAUUCUGUACCACGUACUCAUCAUGCCGAUGUGCAUCACCGUGUGUGAGGUCAUCAACGGCGACCGGGUGCCCUACUUUGGACACAUUUUUCGGCCACGAGAGUCCGCCUUCCGUAUAUCGCAGCAUGCCGGCGCCAUCCUUGAACUAGGCCGGAGUAUUCGCGCCUGCUUUCGCGCUUCGGACGUCGCUUGUCGCGUGCACGCAUUUGUGUACAUUCUACACUAUAUUGCUGAGGUGAUGAAGACAGGCGUGGUAUGGAGGGUCGUCAUUGUGGUCUGCAGCAGUCGCAGCGUUCUUCUACACACAUUCGCUUCUCAAGAUGUCUGGCACGUCGUCUUCGGCACCCUUGGAGAGAGGAAAAGCAUGCUUGAGAUGCAGAGAUGCGAUGGCGCACGCCCGGCUUGUGGUCAGUGUCAGCGUGCAGAUAGAGCCGCUGACUGUGAGUACGCCGACGGCCAAGGAGCGACAGCGAGCCAGAUCCUUGAACAGCAGGUCACGCAGCUAGAGGGUCGCAUCGCGGAACUCGAGAGUGCAGCGGCGCCGCUUGUGCUUCAUGAUCCAUAUGAAGCAUACCGCCGCUCCCAGACCGCCGCACAAGCAGGUCCGACCGCUGCUCAGCGCACUCAGGACCAACAUAAUGUCAUGAAAUACUUCUUUCGUCAUGCCUCCGAGGUUGGCUUCUUCCUUCACAUUCAACGCUUUUUACAGAAUAUUGCGAUUGGGCCGUAUCCCGAUCAUAUAUCCGCCCUAUUGAAUGCGAUUUACCUUCUCGGGGCCCAGUUCUCCAACGAUGUGCAGCUACAGGCGCAGCAGGAUAGAUACUUGUCUCACGCGAUAGAUCUCGUCACACCCGCGAUGUCUAGUGGCAACCCGUCAGCAGUCAUAUACGUACUCCAAACCGAGGUCUUGCUCGCCUACUAUUUCUUCGACAACAACCGGGCGCUCGAGGGCACUUACCAUAUGCAAGCGGCUGGAUCGACGGCCUUGGCCUGCAGGUUGCACCAGAUCCGCAGUGCUCGCCCCUCGACAGGGUCUCUUGGAGGAGCUCAAUAUAACCUUCCGCCUCCGGUAGAUUAUAUAGAGGAAGGCGAGAGGGUCAACGCUUUCUGGGCCGCCUUCGUUCUGGACAAAUGCUGGAGCACCGUCCUGGGCUCGUCGCCAGCUUUGACUGACGACGCGUCAAGGUGUUCCCAGAUUGAUGUCCCUUGGCCUCUGGACAUGAGAAGCUACGAAAACCACCCGUUUCCGAGCGAUUUCAGAAGCAUGGCUACUGUGCAGAUGUUUAUUGGCAAUACAGGCCCCGAAGGCAACGUCAAUAGCCUCCUUGCGCUGCAUGCUAAAGCUGCUUCCUUGUUGGAGUCUGCUCAUCGAUUGGUUUCUCGUUGGGACCCAGGUAAUCCAACGUUCCAGGGCAAUUUCAACCACUUGGACUCACGCCUCGAACGCUUCAAACAAUCCCUUCCUUCCAUCUCCCGCAUUGAUCCUGCUCGCAUGGACAUCAUCAGAGACCUGUUCGUUAUUCACACACUCGUUCAUACGGCGACGAUCACGCUGCACAAGCCCACCGAGCCUCAAGCAGUCGCGUCCAAUGGUCGUACCUGGAUAGCGGCGACCGCCGCUGUCGGGGUCCUCCAGCGCGUGGACCUCAACUCAAUCCAAUACAUAAACCCAAUCAUGAGCAUGCUGCUAACGACCAUCGCUGAUGUGAUCGUGCGCGGGAUUAUGACUGCUAAGAGCCAGAACGCUAUCAACGCGUCCAAUCGACCAGCCUUGAUGGCGCCGUUGAAUCAAAUUCUGGCUGCGCUCGAUAGGUGGAGCACAAGGUCGCCCACAGCCAGAAAUCAGAGAAUGAUCGUUCAGCAGUCAAUGGCUGACCUCUAG